UGGAAACAGAAAUUUAAUUUUUGUUUUCAUUUCAUUUCUAUCAAUUUCUAUCAACAUUUAAUUGUCUUUUUAAUCAUCUAAUUGAUUCAACUUUAGAUUCACAAUAAUUUUACUUGUAUUUUUAUAGUCCAUCUCUCCGGUUAUUGAGGAAACAAUGAAUGCAGAAAUUGAAGAAACCCUUAAACGUAUUGAAAGUACUCACAAAUCGGUGAUGGGAGUUAUUGUUACCGAUGAUGAAGGGAACAUAAUUAAAUCAACUCUAUCCGAGAACAAGGAAUCAUCAGAAAGUUAUGCCAACAUAAUUUGUGACAUCGUUGAAAAGGCUCGAAUGGCUCUUAAAGACAAAGAGUAUAUGAAUGAUGAACUUACCUUUCUAAAGAUACGAACUAAAAGAAUUGAAUUUAUUGUUGUUCCCGACAAAGAUUUCAUAUUGAUCACAUUACUGAAUCCAACUUUGGAAUCAACAGCAUAAUUAUCAACAGAUCUAAAAAGUUAAAGAAAGGAAAAAUACUGAAAUCAGUCCAAAGAUAUUGAAUUUUUCGAAUGAUUUUUAAUCAAUCAAAUUCACUAAUAAAUUUCCAUCUAUUAUAAAUUCCAAAAAAA